UUGGCCGGAGCCGGCUUCCGUCCUGCCGGGAGGUUGGUUGGCGGGGGAGGCUACGCGCGGCAGGUCCCGAAGAUGGCGCCCGUCGGUGGGGCGGUGCGGGCCGGUGCGGGUUACUGGGCCGUGCUUUCCCGGUGCUGCGGGAGGGUCGUGGUCGCGCCUCUCUUCGGCGGCGCGGCUUAUUCCUCCGUGCCUGCGGUGAACAGCAGGGAAGGCCAGCAGAGAGAAGCUUCAACAAGGAGAAGAGGCAGGACACCACAGUUUGUAAGAUCACAUGUACCUCCAAGAACUGAGAGGAUGGCUGUUGAUCAGGACUGGAGCAGUGUUUAUCCAACAGCAGCUGCAUUCAAACCUGCCUCUGUGCCUCUCCCAAUUCGAAUGGGUUACCCAGUGAAGAGAGGAGUACCUCCACCAAAAGAAGGCAACUUAGAACUUAUAAAGAUUCCCAAUUUUUUGCAUCUUACUCCUCCUGCAAUUAAGAAACACUGUGCAGCUCUUAAAGAUUUCUGCACUGAAUGGCCAAGUGCUUUGGACAGUGAUGAGAAAUGUGAACAGCAUUUUCCUAUUGAAAUUGAAACAAUAGAUUAUGUUUCUGCAGGGACGUCUAUUCGUAAUCCCAAAGCAAGAGUGGUGACUUUAAGAGUUAAACUUUCGAACCUGAAUAUGGAUGACCAUGCAAAGAAGAAGCUCAUUAAACUUGUAGGAGAGCGGUACUGUAAGAAUACAGAUAUGCUCACAAUUACAACGGACAGGUGUCCGCUAAGAAGACAGAACUAUGAUUAUGGCAUACACCUCCUCACAGUUUUGUACCAUGAAUCUUGGAAAACUGAGAUGUGGGAGAGCGAGAAGACUGAGGAAGACAUGGAAGAGUAUAUCUGGGAAAAUAGCUGCUCUCAGAAAAAUGCCUUGGAUACACUACUUCGAAUAAAAGCCUCAGAGAAUGUCAGUAAUGUAACUAAGGAAGAGCUCCUUGCAUCUGAAGUGGUUAAGAAUUACAGAAACUCUGUAACUGCACUUAAAAAUGAAGGUGAAACAGAAGAUAACAUGUCUCAGUAUAAGGAAUCUGUGAAGAAACUAUUGAAUAUACAAGCAUUACCAUGAGAGCAGACUCUGCAGGUACACCUGAUUAUUACGGAAAUAUUGAACUACUAUGUUAAUAUUUCUGUAUGAUAUGGAUAUAUAAUUAUUCAGAACCUUAACCAAAAAUAUGAAACUUGAUGAUUAGUUAAUUUCAAUAGUAAUCAGAUUUUUCUUUACCCCUGGAUUUUCUUGUAAAUAUAAUUUUCCUGUCCAUGAAUCUUGUUCUUUGAAUAAAGUAUGUUUUGAGUCAUAUUGGUGACUUGAACAUUCUAUUCUGUGCUUUCAUAGCUUGGGAGAUCCUGGUUCCGUCCUCUGCUUAAUCACAUUCUGACUUCUCACACAACUUCUUUUGGCAUAUAAUUUAGAGCAACAGUGUCAAAAACAAUGAAAUUACUUAGGCUCCCAGUUCCAUUAACUAAGAGUGUGAAAGUUAAGAGCUCUAGACUUUCUAAAUGCUUUUGAAAUGUCACUCAGAUUUUUCUAUAUCUGUACUCCCUAUCUGUAAAAUAAAGAUAAUGUUACCUAAGUAGUUUAACUUUUGGAGAGGUGUUGAAGCACACUGAGCAGUGUGAGGUUCUCUCAGUUGUCAUCAUGAGGGCUAACAAAUACCCUAAGUAAAAAUACCUGUCUCUAAAAUGAUGGAAUAAAAUACAGUAGAAAAUGGGAUGGUCGUGGGAAGGUGAACUAGCAGUUAUUGACAGGAUACCAAAGUACAUGGGAAAGGAAGAAUGAUGAGAGUUGCUGAAAGUGAGAGCUGGUGAGUAGUGAGGCGAGUAUAUAACUUAAAUAGGAAUGGACUGAGUCUUGGUACCCUGAGGCCUGCUGAGUUGUCUCUUGAAUGUACCCAGACUUUUCAAGGAAAAAAACAUUUGUAGCAUCCAGCUUACUGCUGUGAAGCACAGAGAAAGAAAUUAUAUGGAUGUUUAUCUUAUAUUUGGUAAUUUGUAUUUGAAAGGAAUUGAUUUGAAACACUGGAAUCACAUGCAAAAAUCACAGGCAAUUUCUAUUGCCCUCUCACAGUUAAGGAAAAAAAAAAACUUAAAAAUAUCAGCUUGAAAGGACAUAAAUAACUCUAUUCUUGCUUUUAUUGUACCUUCCUGGCGUACUAAGAUUUCAGCUGAGAGGGAAAGUCUUCAUUUUCUGGAAGGGGCAGAGGGAGUUUUUAUUCAUCAGACUUAAGGAUUCUGCAUACCUGUAAAAGAACCUAGCAUGUGGCACUGCCAGCAACUCGUUGAGAGGAAACAGCAUAAGAAUAAGGACAUUGAAAACUGAAGGGAAUUGAUUUCUGCAGUGUUCUGUGUGCCUCGACUCACUGACUGCUAGGAUUUCUCAUUGUUUGUUUUGUGUUUACAUACAGCCAAAGCGUGUAUGUAUUCCCAUUUCCAAAAUAUUGUCAGUUUUGGAAGGAUUCUUCUUAGGUAGAGAUUGUUUUCAUAUGGCAGGAGACUGAGUUUAAUGCAGCUUUUUACUCCCUAUACGAAUCUGCCAGAGCUGUAGCUAAGAUUGAAAAUGCUUGUCGUGUAAUCCCGAUUUUGCACUUACCAACUUGGUUAUUUAGUGGUCCUUCCUUUUAGAUUUGUAUUAAUGUGAAGUUUUAGCAGAAGCUUAAUAUGAGGAAAGUUUUAGCUGGUACCAGGUUGUUCCUUUAUUCAGGGAUAAUGAGAGUAACAUUUAAAAUUCUCAUUUGAAAUAGUACAUCUGUGUAAUUCCUAGUCUUUUUUGAACAGCCAUGAAACCAAAAUUACUGAGGCAGUAACUGCAGUUUGACUCAGAACGGUAUGGAUGGUGGAGUUGUGCCUGGCUGUAUUCCAAAGGUGGUUUCGUUCUAGUAUGUACACAAGAGAAAUUUGUUUCCUUAAUUAGCUUUGUCAGUGCUUGCAUAAGCAAGCAUAUGUAACUAACUUCUGUUUUGCAGUGGCAUGUCUUGUACCAGACUGUCGUGAGUAAUGCCCUUAAAUGUUUUUAAGAAACCCAAAAUCCCAUAAGCUUGCUUUUCUGCAUAAAGUUGUCGUCAGGCAUAUGAGCACCUGAUAAAAUCCUCCCUGCGACAGAGGACAAGUUAAUUUUCCUUUGCUCUUCAUAGAUUUUAAAUGGACCUAAGCAGAACUCUGUAUGAAAGUUGUAGUUAAACUAACAAUUUGACUUACGAAUAAUAAUGGCUGGUAGAAAGAACAGCACAGCAAAGGAAAUUGAUUUUUCAUUUUGAUUGUAUUAGCAUUUCAUUAGCCUCACAGAUAAUUCAUGGAAAACCUAAAAUGCACAGGCUUCUAGAGUUCCCUCUGAAGUGUUCAAGCCUAGCUUAUAUACAUUCUAUACAUGUUUCAAGAAAUACAGGCAGGAUAAAAGGUGGCUGUCUCCUGAGUGCCAGGGCACUAAAAUGUCUCCAUUUAUACUAUGUCUAAGCAGUUUUCCAGUAGUAUCUGGCUUAAUGACCCUAUGGCUAUAGAACGCUUGGCCAGCUGGCCUUAGAAAUCUGCAAGAUUGACCUCCAGCCUUGGUUUUCAAUGUCAUCUUCACUUCCUCUCCUUGCUAAGAAACAUGCGAGCAAAAUUAAAAACCUUUAUAAUCCUGUAAGUGCCCAAUCAAGCUGCUAGAAUCAAAGGCAAUAUAAAAUUGAGAGUUACACUUGUGAUUUUUACUAAUGGUUUAUAUGUUACAGUACAGAACUUGUGUAAUGCAGUGGACUGGAUCAAAGGUAGCCUGGAUUGUAUUUUGAGCUCUUUGUCAUCUUGGAUGUUUCUCUUUCUGUUUUUCUGCUUCUCCCUCUAAACUGUUUGUGUUUGAGGGUGGCAGUAUUUCUCUGUGAUUAUGUAGAAUACCUAGAACACUGGGAUCCUAACUCCAGUGGGAGUCUUCCCAGCCUUGAUGAUGUAUAAUAUAGCAUGUGUUUUUAUGAACUGAACUACACAUUUUUAUUUUCCUGUACUUGCGUACUCUUGCAGAGUCCUGAUACUCUUGCAGACCAUCUCAUUGGAAACCUGCACUGAAGUUUAAAAACAGUGAAGAGUUAAAGAGUAAUAGACUUACAGGUUAAGCAACUCUACAGCGCAGUAAUAAGUACAUCCUUAGCAAUGGUCACUUAUUAAUGUAUCAUGUACAUUAGAAUGUAAAUGCAUGACU